UGCUGCUUCCCCGCAUCCAUUGCAAGACACCAGCUCUUCUUCACACCUGAGCACGACAGAGAUGAGCGGUAACGACGAGCCCUUCACAGCAUGGGGUCCUUUCAUCCGGCAGCCAUAUGUAAUUCAACCCACGACCAGGACCGAUCUAAUUGUUGCGGGAAUUGUGUUCGGCCUAGCGAUGUUCUUCGCAAUAAUCGCCACAUAUUCCGGCAUCCAGCAAACCAAAGCCUCGCGAAACUCACCGAGGAGCGCCUACAUUUGGAUGAUAUGGAUUGAACUUGUAGCCUGCAUCAUCAUUGCAAUUCUAUGCUUAUUGUACCUUCUGGAGUGUAUCCGGCCAAGUUUCUAUUUCUAUAUGGGCAUCUUGUUACUGUGGUCCAUCCAAAUUCAGCUUCUCCUUCAAAUCAUCAUCAAUCGUAUCCGCAUUAUCCUCGCCGAUCGCGAAAAGGGCCGCACGAUCAUGAUCUCCGUCGCAGUCAUCGUCACGAUGCUCAACAUAAGCGUAUUUUGCGUAUGGAUGCCUGCCAGGUUGCAAAUCAGUAAUGAGUGGAUACAUGCCAACGAAAUAUGGGAUCGAACUGAAAAAGCAAUAUACCUCGUUCUCGAUGCUUCAUUGAACUGGUACUUUGUUCGUGUAGUCAAGCAGAAUUUGAUCAUGAAUGGAUUGGAGAAGUACAGCUCUUUGGUUCGGUUUAAUCAGCGAAUUAUCGUGGUUUCUUUGCUCAUGGAUGUGAUGAUCAUCGCCGCCAUGAGUAUCCCUAACAGUUUUGUAUAUGCAAUUUUCCACCCGUUAGCGUUCCUCGUCAAACUCAAUAUCGAAAUGUCCAUGGCCAAUCUCAUCAGACGGAUAGCUCUCGCAAAAAACGGCUCCAACCACCUAGAUUUCAAGACACUCGUUCUAGACGACAGCACGCAAGGUGUGUGGUGGAAAAGAAUCUUCCAUCCCUGCAAGCCAUCGCAAGAAGAGAUCUUCAGCAAUCGCAGUCCUUUGCAAAUUGUCAAGACUGAGGAGUUUCGCGUAUCAACGCAAGCCGGGCUGUCCCUGCGUCUCGAACUAGAUGCACUGGGGUUUAAAAUGCGCACCGGGCCUUCUCGACGGAACUCUGCAAACCGAAUAAGUUGGAAUUCGUCUGAGAUUUUGGUCAAACUUGACAAUGAGGUGGAGCGACGAUCUGCUGUCGAUGAUAUCUGUUAUGCUGAGGCUGGCGAGGAGAUGGAUUUUGUUCGUCAACCUAGUCCUGCGCAUUUCUCCAUUUGA